UUGGUAACGAGUGAGAAAAAAAAAACCUCCAAACAAAAAAGGAGAGCAAAUUGGAGGAGUUGAAAUUGGAGACGAUGGGCACCGCACCUCAGUCCUCCCUCAACCGUUGAACUUUAACUUCUCCGCCUGAAUCCCACUACCAGAACCUCAACAACCUUAACAAUGUUUGAACCUUGAGAUAAUUUCAGAAUCUCCAAAAAAAAAGCCCCUAACAAAACUUACAAAUCAAAGUGAAAAAAAUGUCACUAAUUCUUCAAAAUCCCUUAUCUAACGCCACCACUUAUCGCAUAAAAUUCUACUCCCCCAACACCACCACCCACUUCAAUCCCACCAAAACCUUCAAAUUCUCUCUCCUCCAUCACCAGUCCUUGCAAAUUAACGCAUACCCACUUCAUAAAAACUUAUCUUUGUUGCGUAAUCGUCUCUCUCUAAUCAAAGCGCACGAUUCUUCUAUUUCUGCCUUUGAUGAAGAACAAGGGACUUCGAUUCAAUUGUUCAAUUUGGACGCAUUUCUAUCUUUCUUGGAAUCAGUUUGCGUGGUUUCUUCCGUGUUGAUUUCGGUGGGAUGUUUGGUCAAUUGGGUUUUCUUUAAGCAGCAAACUUCUGGGCUGCUGUUGCUUGGAAAUAAAAUAUUGGUAUGGCUUCUAGCUGGGGCUGUUGCGAUUGGUUCUGUGAUUCGAAGGCGGCAAUGGAGGCGGGUGUGUGGGUCGCCCAUGAAUUCCAGACCGGCUUCCGGAAAUGGAAAUGUGAUUGACAGGAUUGAGAAGUUGGAGGACAGUAUGAGGAGUGCUACUUCCAUCAUCAGGAUGCUAUCUAGGCAGCUUGAAAAAUUAGGGAUUCGGUUUCGGGUUACUAGGAAGUCCUUGAAGGAUCCCAUUUCUGAGACUGCAGCUUUGGCUCAGAAAAAUUCCGAAGUGGCUCGUGCUUUAGCAAUGCAAGAAGGCAUCCUAGAAAAGGAGCUUGGUGAAGUUCAAAAAGUUUUGCUUGCAAUGCAGGACCAACAGAAAAAACAGUUGGAGCUGAUUCUUACUAUUGCUAAGAGUGGAAAGUUAUUUGAAACCAAACAAGCUCCCGGUCAAAAGACGAUAGUAAAUAAAACGGUUUCAGAUAAUGGUUUGAUGCAAGCGGAUGGGCAACAAAUCCAGACAACAGCAGCGAAAAAAGGGGUGAGUAAUGACAGAGCAUCAGGAUCAUAAAGUUUAGACUUUCUUGUCAUUGGCAUCGAAUUAUUAUCAUGCGGUCAUUGGAUGGACUAAGUGAUUGAAAACAUCCGAGAUCCUUUGAACAUUUUUGUUGUGACAGUACAACCAUCCAGGAGUAUUGCUUGAAAGGAACUUGGGCUGGUAUUAAGUAGAAUCAUCGUUGAUUUUGCGAAGCGUUUUGUUGUUAUUGCCUGUAUUCUCCACUCAUUUGUUAUAUAUUUGUAUCAUUUGAGGCAUUUUCAUGAGGGGUUUGUUGACUGUAUAAUGUUGUGACUACUGACUAAUAAUGUGUUCUUUAAUAGAGUUCUGACUCAAAUAACAGGAAUAAUAAGGUAAGCAAAUGGUUGAGAACUUGA